AUGCGGGCGUGUAGGUUCUACAAGCGUGAGCACGUGCGCAUCGAUGAGAUACCAAUACCUGUCCCCCGGGAAGGCCAGGCCCUGAUCAGAGUUGAAUGGUGUGGCAUUUGUGCUUCUGACCUUCAUGAGUACUCACAUGGUAAUCGGAACUGCCCUCCUGAGGGGAACCCUCAUCCGCUUACUGGGGACCAUGUCCCGGUGGUGCUGGGCCACGAGUUUUGCGGGCGAAUUGAAUGGGCCUCGCCAACCUCCAAACUCCACAAGGGUGAAGCUGUCAUGGUCGACCCGAGACUAUACUGCUCUUCUUGUGUUUCUUGCACCAUGUCCGAAACCAACUCCUGUGAAAAUUUUGGGUUCCUUGGGCUUUCGGGAUCUGGUGGUGGCCUUUCCGAGUACGUGGCUGUGAACGAGAAUCAAUUGUAUCCACUUGGAAAUGCGCCUCUUCAUUUAGCAGCUUUGUUGGAGCCUCUUGCCGUUGCCUGGCAUGGAGUAUCGGUGACGGGAGUGGAAGUGGCUUCUAAGGUGCCUAUAUUGAUUGUUGGCGGAGGACCUAUAGGGCUCGCCGUUGCCGCGGUCCUUCGAGCUCGUGGUGCAGAGCAAAUCUUCAUAUCCGAGCCUGCCAAAAUUCGACACAAGACAGCCGGUAUCUUCGCUGACAAAGUCUUCAAUCCCUUGGAUGAAGAUGUCGCCAGUGCCUGCCGUGAGUUGACCAGUGGAAAAGGAGUACGGAUUGUGUUCGAUUGUGCGGGCAUUCAGUCGGGCAUGGAGGAUGGCAUGAAAGCCCUCGGUCUUUCCGGCGUUUACAUGAAUUUGGCUGGUUGGUCUACGAUGUGGAAGCCUCCGCAAGAGGCAAUCGUUGCAAAGGAAGUUUCAUUGAAAGGCUCAAUGUCCUACAAAGAGAAUGAUUUCGCAGAAGUUGUGGAAGCAUUUGUAAACGGGAAGUUCGACAACUUGGAGGAGAUGAUAACGUCGAGAAUUCAUUUGGAAGACGUAGAGGAACUGGGGAUCCAGGAGUUAUUGAAGACCAAAGACAACCAAGUGAAGGUGCUUGUUACUCCUAUUACGGAGCUCUUGAAUACAUCGACCGUGAAGAAGUUAUAG